AUGGGUUCCGAUGAUCAUUCAGGAGGUUUCUCCUUUGUUGAUGCAGAUGUGUGGUACCAUUCCAUAAGUAAGAUCAUUGCCUUAUGUGCUGUGGCCUUACUCGUCAAUUUACUCUUCGUCUAUGCCUGUACUACUUACAGACGCCAAACUAGAGAAAGAGAAAGAGAAAGAGAAGCUGCUCUGUCGUCCUCAUCCAUUAAUUAUGGAGGAAUCUCAUCGGUCACACAAUUGGUGGACCUCUCUCGCCUCACACCACCCAUUGAAAACAUUCUCCAUCCAUCGGUCAUCGCUUCACUACCCACCUUCGUCUACAAAGUUGGCCACCUCCAUACCAAGUUUGACACAGUAGUAGAAUGUGCGGUUUGCUUGAACAAGUUUGAGGAAGGAGACAUGAUAAAGCUAAUACCUACCUGUAACCAUAUGUUUCACUUACAAUGCAUCAAUACCUGGCUCCGCUCACACUCCACAUGCCCCAUCUGCCGUUCUGCUGUACAAGCCGCCUCCACUGCAGAGGGUACAUCUCAUGAUGCUUCUUCACAAACUACUUCCAAGGACGACCAGCUGGAACCCAACAUGAUCACUAUAGAUGGUCGACGACGGCAGGAAACUGAUGAGGUUUGA